GAGAAUCUGUUUACGUGGACGACAUUCCAUCACCACCAAACUGCCUAUAUGGAGCAUUUAUCUAUAGUACAAGACCAUUAGCAGGGGUAAAGGGCAUCCAUUUUGGGACUAAUUCAUUACCUGAUGGAGUUAGUUGCAUUAUUACUUUUAAAGAUAUCCCGAGCAGAGGAGCAAAUGUAGGAUCUAAGACCAUAUUUGGUCCCGAACCUUUAUUUGCAGAUGAUCUCACCCGAUAUGCUGGUGACCGAAUUGCUUUUGUGGUUGCUGAAAGUCAGAGGUCUGCUGAUGUGGCCGCAAACAUGGCCGUCGUUGAAUAUGACACUGAAAAUGUAGAUUCACCAAUUUUAACUGUCGAGGAAGCAGUUCAGAAGUCCAGUUUUUUUCAAGUUCCACCAUUUCUAUAUCCGAAAAAAGUUGGUGAUUUCUCAAAAGGAAUGGCUGAAGCUGACCACAAGAUCCUCUCUGCUGAGAUGAGACUUGGGUCUCAGUACUACUUUUAUAUGGAGACACAGACUGCUCUUGCAGUUCCGGAUGAAGAUAACUGUAUGGUUGUCUACGCAUCAAGUCAGUGCCCCGAGUAUGUAGGUAGUGUAAUUGCUAGUUGUCUUGGUGUCCCCGAGCACAACAUCCGUGUUGUUACAAGAAGGGUUGGAGGUGGCUUUGGAGGCAAGGCGGUGAGAGCGAUGCCUGUCUCCACAGCCUGUGCACUUGCAGCGUUCAAGUUACAACGCCCUGUCCGAAUAUGCGUCAACCGAAAGACUGACAUGAUUAUGGCAGGAGGGAGACACCCCAUGAAAAUAACAUACAGUGUUGGAUUUAAGUCAAAUGGGAAAAUCACUGCCUUACAUCUUGAUGUAUUGAUAAAUGCUGGGCUAAUUGAAGAUGUAAGCCCUAUCAUACCGUCGAACUUUAUCGGGGCUCUCAAAAAGUAUGAUUGGGGUGCCUUAUCUUUUGAUAUAAAUGUAUGUAAGACGAACCUUACUAGCAAAUCAGCUAUGCGGGGCCCGGGGGAGGUACAAGGAUCGUAUAUUGCCGAAGCUAUAAUGGAGCAUGUAGCGAGUGUACUGUCUUCGGAGGUGGACUCAAUCAGAAAACAAAAUAUUCAUACAUUUGAAAGUCUUAAAUUAUUUUAUGAGCACAGUGCAGGAGAUAUAGGAGAUUAUACUUUACCAGGUAUGAUGGAUAAGCUGGCCACAUCAUCAAGUUUCGUUCAAAGAAGUGAGAUGAUAGGACAAUAUAACCAGAAAAAUAUAUGGAAGAAAAGGGGUAUUUCUCGAGUGCCACUUGUUUAUGAAUCUACACAACGACCAACGCCCGGAAAAGUAAGCAUUCUGUCGGACGGAUCAAUAGUUGUUGAGGUCGGAGGUAUUGAAAUAGGCCAAGGUCUAUGGACAAAGGUGAAGCAAAUGACAGCCUAUGGUCUUAGUUUAAUUGAAAGUAGUUGGGGUGAAGAACUUGUGGAGAAAGUACGCGUCAUACAAGCAGACACUUUAAGCUUAGUGCAAGGCGGGUUUACUGCUGGAAGUACUACAUCUGAAUCGAGCUGUGAAGCUGUUAGACUUUGCUGUAAUGUAUUAGUUGAAAGACUGACCCCUCUGAAGAAGACAUUGCAAGAACAAAAUGGUUCUGUUGAUUGGACUACAUUGAUUCGCCAGGCACAAAUGCAAGCAAUUAACUUAGCAGCGAACUCUUAUUAUGUGCCGGCAUUCGGUUCCAUGCAAUAUUUGAACUAUGGUGCUGCUGUAAGCGAGGUAGAGAUAGAUAUCCUGACAGGAGAAACAAAAAUUUUGCAGUCAGACAUUAUAUAUGACUGUGGACAAAGCUUGAACCCAGCUGUUGAUAUGGGACAGAUUGAAGGGGCUUUUGUUCAAGGAAUUGGAUUUUUUAUGCUCGAAGAGUAUCUUACAAACACAGACGGGUUGGUCGUUUCGGAUAGUACUUGGACAUACAAGAUCCCAACAAUUGACACAAUACCGAAAAAUUUCAAUGUUCGAGUGCUAAACAGUGGACAUCACGAGAAACGUGUUCUCUCGUCUAAAGCAUCUGGUGAACCGCCACUACUUCUGGCAUCCUCGGUUCAUUGUGCAACAAGAGCAGCCAUUAAAGCAGCAAGAAAACAACUUAAACUUUGGGUCAAGCUCGACGAGUCUGAUUCGGAAUUCUAUUUGAAUGUUCCUGCCACAUUACCUGUUGUGAAGACACAAUGUGGCCUAGAUUAUGUGGAGAAAUACUUGGAAAGUCUGCUUCAUUACAAAAUCGAAACCACCUCUCUACCUUCUAGGUAGAAGUAAGGUCUGCAUACACACUACCCUCCUCAGACUCCACUUGCCCACUUGUGGGACUGUUGUUGUGUUGUUGUGUGGCCUGGAUUAUAUGAAGUGAAGAUAUUCUCUUUUAGCUUUUACAAGAACUAGCUUUUGUUCUGUUUUAUGAUAGUACAAGCAAAAUCCAUAAUUCAUGUAUACAAGCCUUUAAAAGGGAAAAUUACCUAGUAGUAUAGCAGCUUCCAAAAAUAAUAACCGGUAAAAUGUAUAUUUUGUGCAUAUUUAAUGUGUAAUAUACAUAUUUUAUACAUUAUAUUUUAUUUUGUA